AAAAAAACCUAAUUAAGAAUAACCAUCACUAAAAAUGAUAUCUACAACACCAAAAAUCCUCAUCGUCGGCGCAACAGGCCAGACGGGAAGCGCAACAAUCGCAGCCCUCGCCUCAACCCCCAACCCGCCCCAAAUCCUCGCCCUCACCCGCUCUCCAUCCUCUCCCAAAUCUCAAGCCCUCCUCAAGCUAUUCACAGACCACUCAUCAUCACCACCAAUAACCCUCAUCCAAGGCACGCCCGAAAACCCAACCCCAAUCUUCGCCUCCCACCCAGACAUUUCCGCCCUCUACCUCGUGACCGUCCCGCCCGGAGACGAAGCGCAAGCCAUACCCCUCAUCGACGCAGCCAUAGCCCACAACGUCCCACACAUUGUCUUUUCGAGCGUCGACCGCGGAGGCGACGAGCGCUCGUGGACGAACCCGACGCCCGUGCCGCACUUUGCGGCGAAGCACCGCGUCGAGGUGUACCUCCGCGACAAGACGCGCGGCACGGCUACAAAAUGGACGAUUCUGAGGCCGGUGGGGUUCAUGGAUAAUUACCGUGCUGAGGCGGGGGUCAUGGGGUCCGUUAUGGGCGGGCUAUGGGCGACGAUGCCGGCGGGUGGGAGGAAGAUGCAGCUUGUCAGCGCGAGGGAUAUCGGGCUCUUUGCGGCUCGAGCUCUGACGGAAGGUCCUGAGGGCGGAUGGGGUGGUAGGGCGCUAGGGCUCGCUGGGGAUGAGAUUGGGUUCGACGAGGCGGAGGAGGUGUUUGAGAGGGUUGUUGGGCAGAAGAUGCCGAAGACGUGGGGGGUUGUCGGGCGGGCUGUGAGGUGGGCUUUUGAGGAUGCCGGGAGGAGUAUGGAGUGGUUUGAGGAGGAAGGGUAUAGGGCUGAUGUUGUGAUGUUGAAGGGAAUAGAGCCGAGGUUGCAGAGCUGGGAGACGUGGUUGAGGGAGAGUAGUGGGUGGGUGAAGGGUGAUGAGGAGGAGGAGGAGGAGGAGGAGGAGUAGGAGUAGAAUAAAGGGGUUCAAGAGAGGUCACAUGGAGAUUAGCAAUGACGGUUGAUAC